AUGAAUGCAAUGAGCUUCCAGGGAUGGACAAUGCAGCCAGGCGGCUAUGCGCUCCCUUAUCAGGAAGUAGAGCUAUUUAGUCCCCCGUCAGCUACAGAUGACCGAGGCUCACCUCAGAAAGAGCCAGACAUCAAAGGCUCGAAAAAGAUGGCCAUUCCUCGCCUGCCCGAGGGCUCCGAGGCAUCACUGAGCUCUAUCGGACGCUUUCAUCGCCGUCAUGUUCGCAGAGCUUGUGAAUCCUGCCGCCAGAGAAAGACAAAGUGCACGGGUGAUAAAUCCGGAUGCAGAAACUGCAGAGAAGCUGGGAUAAUCUGCUGCUACACUGAUGGCAAGAGAGAAAAGUCGAAGCGUCAACUUGCUACCCUGUCGGCCAAAGUUCAGACGUAUGAAGAGGUCAUACGAAAAAUGAGUCUACGUUUUGGGGUCUCGGAUGAGCAGUUGAUGAGCAAUGCCAUGACAUGCGAUUCACAUCAAUCAGUGCUGGCCGAGCAAUCCGAAACUACCUCAGCCUUCUCAAGAGGUCGUUCUCUAUUUGCCAAUGACAACUCGGACCACAAGUCCAGGUCACCCUCCGCCGUAUCCCACGCUGGAACGGAUCGGGUGCAGGAAGAUUUCAACAAGGACGAUUCUACUCGUGCAACUGGGUAUAUUGGUGAAAGUUCCGAAGUAUCUUGGCUGCAGAAGCUGCGCAAAAGGGUCAGCGAGGAUACUCCAGAUAUCAAACAGUCCUCUCCUCCUCCAACACCAGGGGAAAAUGACGACAACCUGGUUACUUCGAACAAUUUCUACGAGGACAACAAGAACGUUGAUUUUAUAAUAGACGGUGUGCAAUCUCAUGCAAUGCCGCGCCAAAAAGUUGCCGAAUUGCUUCUUAGGGCUUACUUUAAAUCAGUCCACCCGUCGUUUCCGAUCAUUGGAAUGUCGACUUUCAUAUCUCAAUAUCAGCUUUUCUUCAGCCAGCCAACUGUCAAACCCGGCAACAAGUGGCUGGCUAUUUUGAACCUUAUAUUUGCCAUUGCCACUGUGUAUGCUCAUUUGAUCUCGGCAGAUUGGAAGUCAGACCUCGAAGAUCACUCUGUCUACUUUUCUAGAGCACGGGCUCUCAGUUUGCAAGACACACUGCUCGAUCAUCCUGAUUUGCAACAGCUACAGAUCGAAGGUCUGACAUCUUUCUAUCUUCUGGCUACAGGCCAAAUUAAUCGAUCAUGGAAGCUGUGUGGAUGUGCGGUUCGGGGAGCAAUAGCCUUGGGACUUCAUCUUCGAAAUGUAGACCCCAGCACCUCGGAUACCUCAAAAGAGAUUCGAUAUCGAGUCUGGUGGGCUUUGUACUCUAUGGAUCACUUGCUCAACGUGAUCACCGGCCGGCCUUGCUGCAUUUCCGAUGGAGCGUGCACGACACCAGUCCCCAUCCCUUACGACGAGAGCGAUUUUCAAAAACAAGAGGCUGCCCAGAUGCUGAGCAACCAUUCGAGAAGAGGACUCUGGGUCCAUGAUUGGACCCCUGUCUCCUCGGCCCUGGCGAGCCCGCCCCAGGUGGAAGAUUCUAAUUCUAACACCGAGAUGGCUGGAGCCAAAUCCGACGCGAGUGAGACUACUGACUGGUUGAAAUCUCUACCAUCCAGCAUGUCGCUAUACUUCUUCCACCUCGCGACUCUCACUUCGAUCGCCAAGCGGGCUAAUAUGAAACUGUACAGUGCUGAAGCUGUUCAGGCGCCAUGGCCCAGUCUGGAGUUUACUAUUCAGAGUCUCACUCUGGAAGCCAAUGCAUGGCUGGCCCACCUUCCAGAGUCGUAUGACUUUAAACUCUUGCCCACCACGCAGACCAUGAUUACUCAGAAAACCAGUCUUGCGUUUUCUUACUAUAGUACCAAGAUUUCCAUCACGCGGCCGUGUCUCUGCCGGCUCGAGAAACACUGCCAAACAGAUGGCACAUAUGAAUUCUGUUGUAAGACGGCAGCGGACUGCGUCGAGGCAGCUACGGGGAUUAUAAAUCUCUUGCCUGAUAAUCUUGAGGCAUCGCUGUUGCACAAAAUCUCGCCGUGGUGGUGCCUGCUGCACUAUCUGAUGCAAGCCACCACAGUGCUCCUCUUGGAACUGUCAUUCCGGGCAGAGCAUGUGCCUGAAAGGGCCGUGGAAGUGUCCCAAGCGGCGAAAAAGUCCGUCAAAUGGCUUCACGAGCUAUCUCACUCGAGUUCUCCCGCGCAUCGGGCGUGGAAACGUUGCAACGAUCUUCUUCACAGCCUCGCACAGCCCCUAAAUCUAGACAUCAGCGAUCUCCCCAGUGACGAGAUCAUGGUCGACCCGCCGCCUGACAGUUUUGUCUCUGUGCUGGAAAGUUCUCUGUUAGAACAGCAGAUUCCGACUCCGCUGCCAUAUUUGGAACCAGACGCCCUGGAUUUUCUAGACAAACACCAGGCCCAGAGUGAAUCCCAGUCCUCCUCACGAAGCAACAUUUUCGAUGAGUACCUUCCAUAUGAUCCAAAUACCGGUCAGAUUACGGGCUCUUUCUUCCCAGAAGCGAGUAAUCUCGAUCUAGAUUUCGGCUAUAUGCUGGACAGCUCCGUGUAUUAA